CAGGCUCACACGGCACAGGCACCGCGCCUCCAUCGCACGGACGGGCAGCUGCUGAGGAGGGACAGGCUUGGGAGCAGCUCCGAAAGGCUCCGCACGGCCGAGAUGCUUCUGCUGCUUUCUCUGGUCGCUGGACUUGCCCUUUCUGCCUCUGAUGUCGUGACAGACCCUGAUCCGAACUCAGAACCGCUUAAGGACAUACAGAGGAAAGUGAAUGACCUCUGGCAGAGCCUGCUCUACCCAGCGAUGGUUAAUAACGAGACCGAGGGGGUGAUUUAUGCCACCUGUGAAAUGCUGCCCAGCCCCAAAAUAGAUGCUGACAAGCCACGAGUGACUGGACAGGUUUUGUUCAAGCAGUGCUACUCGCACGGAAGAUUAGAAGCAAUUUUUGACCUGGAUGGGUUUCCGCUAGAGAACAACCAGUCUGGCAGAGCUAUCCACAUCCACCAGCUUGGAGACCUCAGCGAUGGCUGUGACUCUACGGGAGGCCACUAUAACCCUUUCGGUGUGAACCACCCUCGCCACCCUGGGGACUUUGGCAACUUUUUUCCUAAAGAGGGCAAGAUCUGGAAAUACAAGCCAAACCUCCUAGCCACUGUGUUUGGCCCGUAUUCCAUCCUGGGCAGAUCCAUAGUGCUUCACGAGCAGGAAGAUGACAUGGGCAAGGGCAACAAGGCCAGUCUGGAAAAUGGGAAUGCCGGCAAGCGUCUCGCCUGCUGCGUGAUCGGGAUGAGCACCAAGAACCUGUGGGACAAGAAGCUGUCUGAGGCUGCAGACAGGAAGAAGAGAGGCUCAACGAGCAGGACCAGGCUUAACUGAGCAGCCCCACAGCCUGCACAAAGCACCUUCAGCUCUGCCACCGGCCACCCGAACACCUGACAGGAGGGCUCCCUUUCCUUUCUGCUGCUGCUUUAAGAAACGUGUAUCGCUUUGUAGAGC